AGGACCCAUUGUUCUUCAUCGAGCUUGCGAGAACGAACGAGAGCUAGGGUUUGGUAUCUCUUCACUUCGUCUUGUUGCUUUCCUUGCAAAUCAGAGAUGAGUGUUGAGCAAGUAGAUCUGGAGGAUGGAUGGGCCAAACUGAAGGUUUUUAUCUGCGAAUUGAUUGCUAGAGUCAAUGCUGGCAAGCAACCAUACUUUGUUGAUGAAUUUAAAACCAAUUGGACGAUUGUCCGCAGCUUGUGUAGCAAGAAGCUCCCUCAUAAAAAUGAUGAGAUUCUUUACAACAGAUACAGGAAUACUUUAUCUGAUUACCUCGAGGAGAAGGUUUUGCCUCGCCUGAAAUACAAAUGUGGUCAAUAUCUGCUGAAAGAAAUAACAGACUUGUGGCCAAAAUAUCUCUCCAUUGUAGAGCAUAUUUCAUAUGUGUUUGCUUAUCUCAAUUUAGUUAUCACUGAAACUACAUCGCAGCCGAACCUGAAAGAUGCUGCUUUAAUGUGCUUCUAUUCAUUGGUGUAUAAAGAGAUUCAUUGUGGUGUCGAAGAUGCUCUUCUUGCUUUGCUUGAAAAGGACAGGAGAGGGGAGAAGAUCGAUCGUGCUUUGGCGGAUAGCUCUAUUAAAUUUUGUGGAGAUCUCAAAUGUGUGGAUGUGAAAAAUUAUUCACAGGAUUUUGCGACAUCGCUAGUUAAACAAAUACAGGAAUAUCAUUCCCGAAUGGCUUCUGCUCAUAUGUUUACAAUAGAGUCCCCAGAGUACAUGAAAAUGGCUGAGCGCUAUUUGAAUGAGGAAGAUGCUUGGGCUUCCAAGUAUUUGGAUGAAUCUAAUCAUUCAUCACUGAUGAGGGCAUUACAAGUUGUGUGGUUGUUUGAACAUGGAGAUGAACUCCUUGAGAAGUCCGGUUUCACCUCAUUGCUCAAAGAUGAAAGGAAGGAAGACCUCAAAAGGAUAUUCAGCAUGUUUCGUUGUUGUUCAGCUAUCUUAGACAAAAUGAUAGCGCUGUUUGAACAGGUUGUUGAUGAGAGCAUAGGUUUACACAAAGUUAACGACUCUCGCAGUGAGCAGGAUACUGAAGAGCUUACCGCUAAACAUAAAAAGUACUUGAAUUUAAUAGAGGAAUGUUUCGAUCGCCACCCUGAUUUUUACCAGGUUUUGAAUAAACCUUUUGCAUUCCUACCAAAGUAAUGCUGAAUCAUCCAUGGCUCCUGUGCUGGCACAUCAACCUGAGAAGAAAAAUGUUCCCUGAUCCUACUUAAUGAUGAGAAGAAAACACAUUUGACAUUACCAAAUACAAGAAGAAGCAACCAACAGCUUAAUGGUAAUGUUUACAUUUCAGUUGGUAUUUUUCUCUGGUUUACAUGUAAAGUUUCCAUAUACUGAUACUGAUACUGAUUAGAGUUUUUAAACAUUUGUGGGUAUACUGAAGAACUUUUACUCUGAA